AUGAUGAUGGAAUCCCGAGACGAUGUCGAGGAGACGGAGCGGGUAUGUGUGGUCUUGGCAAUAGUGCUUGGUUGGGACAAGAUGGUGACGGGUGUUGUUUCCUGGGUUAUGCCUAUAGCCGCCGCUGAAGUGGUCGGCGCUGUUGCGUCACUCGUCGUGCUUUCGGGGAGAUCGACGGAGCUCGCGCCAGGUGAGUCCGAAAACUUCCUCUCUGUCAGACUUGAAAGUGACGUUCCCGUCGUUUCCACCGAAUCUAACGGUGGAGGACCUUCGCCGGAGGCCGAGUUUGAAGUAGGGGCAGUCAGAGAUAGCCCCGAGAGAGCGGGUUUUGGCGCCUUUGCGGGCGGUGAAGGCGCUUCGACCAACACGUCAGGCGAUUUGAUGGGAGUAGUGCUUGAGGGUAGUCCAACGUCGGCCACAGCUUGCUCGACGAUCGUCUUCUCGCGCUCACGGCUACGAGCACGAGCUUGUAGCAUUUCGCGCAACCUGGCGGCUGAAUCAUGACUUGUCGAAGCGACGGAAGGCACCUGCUCCGACGAACCUGACCGUGGCCUCGAUGGGAAGUUCAUUUUCGAGGUCUUCACGGGUGAGGUUGGAGGGGAAGCCGCGUCGGCCGUGGCAACAGAAGAAGAACGAUUGUUCCCAAACCACGUUCUCCGCUUGUCCGAGGCUGUGGUCGUCGAUGGACUUGAAGCAGUUGCCUCCUUCGCAGCCGACCUAUUCUCGCGCCAAGACGCCAGGCUGAACGAUGAGAGACUGGUUGACGAUGAGCUGGUCCCAUCUUUUUCCAAAGUUCCAUCUUUCUCCAAAGCCGACAUAUCCAGUGGACUCGAGUCGCCCUCGCUUGACCGCCUUCUCCGAGGCCGCAUUCGUGUUGUUGAUGCUGACUCUUCAUCACCCGUCGCAGAAGUGGUCGCGUCGUGGGCGCCCUUCUUCCUGCCGACGGUUGGAACCGUUUCGAUCAAGCUCGGAUCGGCCUCAGCAUUCUCGGAUUGUCCAACGACAGGUGCAUCAGCCGGGGCUGGCUCGGACAAGUCAGGCUCUUUGCGCAGUGCGUCGCCCCAGAUACCUCCUCGAGUGAAAAAAGGCUGCGAGUUGA